AUGUUUGGGAGUUGGAGAGCACCUGCGGCAGUUGGAGGGGCAGAGCAGAGGAAGGACAGAGCAGAGCGGUCUUGCUUCUCUCUUGUCCCCUUUGGCUAUUGGUGUCAUUCUGUCACUCUAGAAGCUUCUGUCACCCAGGAGCUUCUAGAGUCAGCAGAGGAACAGCUAAAGGAAUGGGUAGUUAAUCCCUUGAUGGACCUUCCUGCCUGUGAACUCCACAGGCUUGGAGAGAUUGCAGACCUAGUGAUGUCUGUUCGCCUCUCACCCACCCGUAAGGAAAAGCUAGCGCUGGCCUUGAAGAAUGAAGGCUAUAUUCCAAAGCUGCUACAGCUUUUCCAGGUCUGUGAGAGUGCAAAGGACACCAAAGGCUUGCAUCUUCUGUUUGACAUUGUGAGAGGAAUUUUGUACCUGGACAAAGCCCUUCUGUUUGAGGUGAUGUUUUCUGAUGAGUGUAUUCUGAAUGUCAUCGGAUGCCUUGAGUAUGAUCCUUGUUUGGCUCAGCCAGGAUGGCACAGGGAAUUCUUGACCAAAAUAGCAAAGUUUCAGGAGAUUAUCCCUAUCAGAGACCCUGAACUCAGGAAAAAAAUCCACCAGAUGUCCAGGGCACAGUGUAUUCAGGCCAUCAUCGUGCCUAAUCCAUCAGAUUUUGAAGAGGGCUUUCUUUCUACCCUCAAUUCCUUCAUCAGCUCCAGAAGGGAGGAGAUUCUACAUGGGUUGAAGAAAGAUGAGGAAUUUUUGCCUAAAGUUUUUGCGCAAUUAACAAAUGAAGCUACGCCUGGUGAGCAACGAUGUGAGUUGAUGAAGUUUCUCAAGGAGUUCUGUGCCUUUUCUUUCACAUUACCUGAGAAAAAAGAAUUUCUUCAAACUUUGGCAAAGUUGGGAUUUCUUCCAACUCUCAAAGUGUUAAUGGGAAUGGAUGAUCCACAGGUUAGAUCUGCUGCUGUAGAUAUAUUGUCUUAUCUAGUAGAAUUUAGUCCAGCCAUGGUCCGAGAAUUUGUAAUGCAAGAGGCCCGGCAGAAUGAGAAUGAUACCCAUCUCAUCACUGAGGUCAUUGAGCAGAUAAUCUGUAGUCCUGACGCUGAAUUUGGAGGAGAUAAUCAGUCAAUAGAGAUUUUGUGUGCUCUGAUUGAUCCAAAGAAAAUGCUGGCCACAGCUAGUCGUUUAGAGAUAAUUGAAUUCCUCAAUAUCUUCUACAACCGUUACAUUCGUGUUCUUACUGCACCGCUUCUGGCUGAUACAUCAGAAGAUUGGUAUGAAAUAGAUAAUUAUCAAACAGCAGAAAAACUUGCCUCAGUUUUGCAGCUGCUGUCUUUUUGUGUGGAACGGCACAAGCAUCACAUGAAGAUUUACAUUAUCAAGAAAAAUCUGCUAAGGAGAGCACUGGUCUUGCUGAAAUCCAAACACAAAUUUCUGGCCUUGUCUGCUCUUCGCUUUAUGAGGAAGAUAAUUGGCCUGAAAGAUGACCUCUACAACCGCUACAUCACCAAGAGGAAGCUGUUUGAACCAGUUGUGAAUGCUGUGCUGGACAACAGGAAUAGGUCCAACCUGCUCCAGUCUGCCUUAGCGGAGCUGUUUGAAUUUAUCCGAGUGCAGGAUAUUCAGCUCCUUAUUGCACAUAUAGUUGAGAACUUCUCUGAUGCCCUGGAAUCUGUCAAAUACAUUCCCACAUUCCAGGGACUGAAGACAAAAUAUGAGCAAGAAAAAGACCGGAAAAAUGAGAAACUGAACAGUGUCCCUUCCAAAUUGCCUGAUAACACGUUUGUCAAAGAAACCGUAGUCUUACCAGUGAAUGAAGAUCUGCAGGUCAGUGAAGGUGAAGAGAAGGCAGCUCCAAUGUCACCACCAAGCUCCAAUGGCUCCUGUCCAACCUACACAACCCUGACCACAGUGGUGACAUCCCCCAAGAGAGGUCUAUUUGAAGUAUUUGCUCAUCCUGAUGAUGAAGAUGGGACACUGCCAAAGAAAAGAGCUCGUCUGGAUUCCUAAGGGAAAC